GGGCCAUCCUCCACUGCACUCCCUGGCCACAGCAGAGAGCUGGCCUGGAAGAGGGGCAACUGGGACAGAAUCCGGCGCCCCGACUGGGACUAGAACCCUGUGUGCCGGCGCCGCUUGGCGGAGGAUUAGCCUAUUGAGCUGUGGCGCCGGCCAGGUUUAUUUAUUAAUUUGAAAGAGAAAGUGAGCAAGGUAUCUUACAUCCACUGGUUGACUCCCUGAAUGGCUGCAUCUGUCACCUCUGGGACACGCGGGAACCAGGAGCCAGGAACUCCAUCGUGGUUUACUGCAUGGGUGGCAGGGAGCCAAGAAUUUGGGCCAUCUUCUGUUGCCUUCCCAAGCACAUUAGCAGAAAGCUGAGAUCAUAAAUGGAGUUGCAGCGAAUCAAAUGACUUGGAUAGGAGAUGCUGAUGGGGCAAGGAGCAGCCUAACUUGCUUAUUACAAUGCUAGCCCUUGGCAUUUGCUGUAGCAUAGAAGCUUAAGCCUCCUCCUGCCGUGCUGGUAUCCCAUACGGGUGUCCCAGCUGCUCCACUUCCCAUCCAGCUCCCUGUUAAUGUACUUGGGCAAGCUGUGGAAGACGACCCAAGUACUUGGGCUCCUGCACCAAAUGUGGGAGACCUGGAAGAAGCUCCUGGCUCCUGGCUCAGCCUGGCCCAGUCCCAGCCAUUGGGGCCAUUUGGGAAGUAAACCAGUAGAUGGAAGUACUCUCUUUCUCCCUCCUUCUCUCUAUUUCUGCCUUUCAAAUAAAUGAAUAAAUCUUACAAAUAAACAAGACAUGCCCUUACUAAGUGAUCUAGGUAUUUGCCCAAGAGAACAGGAAACAUCCACAUAAAGACCUGUAUAUAAAUGCUGUUAGCAGCUUUAUUUGUAGUAAAAAAAAAAAAAAAAAAGGAAAUAAUUCAAAUAUCCAUCAAUAGAGGAAUGCUAAAUAAAUGUUGGCAUAGCCAUAAGAUGGAAUACUACUUACCAAUAAAAAUGAGCCACUGGUACAAUAAUAUUCGUGAAUCUCAAAGUAAUUAUGUUGCAUAAGAAACCAGACAAUAAAAGAGUACACACUAUAUGACUCCAUUCAUACAGUAAUCUAGAACAUGCAAAUUAACCAAUAAUGAGAGAAAAAAACCUAUAGGGGAUCACUGGGGCAUGAGCAGGAAACUAUUAAAGCUGCCGGAAGAAACUGGGGGAUGAUGACUAGGAUACUGCCUUGAUUUUGGUGAUGAUUCCAUGACAUGUGUUGAUAUCUACCCAACCAUAUGCUCCAAACGUGUAAUUUAUUAUAUUACAGUUACACCUCGCCCUGCACUGGGGACUACUACUAAUGCUCUCUCUAUUGGAACAUCAUCAAAGCUUAAUGGGAAUUCUCUGUCACCAGUCAGUGAGAGUGGUGUCUGAAUUUGCGAAGAAGACAUCCGCCUCUCCCUUUCACACUUGCACGGGAACUUUUUGGUUUUCCUCGCGGUUCUGAGACAAUGUCCGCCUUGGUAAUCUGUUUCCUUCCAGCGGCUGUGACACUUCUCCUAUCCGUACAGGGGAUUCAGAACGCGGAUCCAGAUGGCCGGUAACGCUUACUGAUCCUGUCCUUUUCCUGUGUUUGCUGUCAGGGUUUGGCAAGGACCAAGCCCUCAGCUGGAAGCCAGAGUAUCCUAGGAGAAGCACGCGGUCCCUGAGGAAGCAGUGAGGCCCCCGGGGCCAUCAGCCUGCAGAGAAGGGGUGCUUGGGCCCCUGCACCUGCGUGGAAGACCAGGCUGAAGCUGCUGGCCCCCUGGCUUUGGUCUGGCCCAGCCCGGGUACUUGUGGCCAUUUGGGGAGUGAACCAGUAGAUGGAAGAUCUCUGUUGAUCUCUCUCUCUCUCUCCCCUUCUCUCUCUGUAUCUUUGACUUAAUAAUAAUAAUAAUAAUAUUCCUUCCUCUUCCGGCUCCUGAUGUCAGGGGCUUGGAGACCUCUGAGGACUGUAUCCUUUCGGUGACAAAGGCCAGGCCCGGAGGACGGGCCAGCGGGAGGCGCUGUGCACCAGGGGGUACCCAAAGCUGACCCCUGAAUGCUGCAGGUGUGGGAAAAGGACGAAGGGAGACCCAAGCGCCCAGCUGGGCAGAUCCCCAGGCACUCAGAUCGGCCUGGAUGGGUGCCGGAGGCCUUUAGGGCAGGGCCAGGGCUUCUGAAUCUGGAGUGCGACAGACCUGGUUCGGACAGCGCUCUGCUACGUGGUGGCUGUGGACCCUCGACUUCCCAGUCCGCUCGCCUCGCGGCCGCGUGGGAGCCCAAGGCCGCGCCGCUGGCCGCCCCUGCCGGCCGGCCGGCCCGCGCCUAACGCUCGGCUCCUGGGGCGCCGGAGGCCGGAUGUCCUGCGUCCGCCCGCUGCUGGGCCUCCUGGCUACCCUGGCGGCCUUGGGCGCCGUCGCCUUCCUCGGCUACUGCGUUUACUUCGACCGGAAGCGGCGUGGCGACCCCGCGUUCAAGCGCCGCCUGCGGGACAAAAGAAGAGCCGGACAGCGGAGGGCCGAGGCGCGGGGCGCUCAGUUGUGGGAUACAGCAAAGAAUGAAAAAUUACAGGAACUUUUUUUGCAAGAGGUACAGAUGGGAGAACUUUGGUUAUCUAGAGGAGAGCACAGAAUGGGAGUUGAACAUCUCAGUAACGCCCUCUUACUGUGUGGGCAACCCCGGGAACUCCUGAAGGUUUUCAAAUACACGCUCCCUCCCAAGGUAUUUGAGAUGCUGUUGCACAGAGUUCCCCUUAUUUGCCAGCAAUUUGAGGCAGACAUGAAUGAACAGGAAUACUUGGAGGAUGUUCGUGAUUGAAAAACAUUCACCGUAUCCACAGUCCAGUCAGAAUACCAUGUACUCUUGUAGCAUAAACAACUGCUCAGUGAUAUUUCCAUUUAUUUUACUUUAGCAAUAAAUUUUUUUUAUCUUUUACAUGAUUGAACACAUAUUUUACUUUAAAAUUAACAGUCACAAUUGAAGAAACAAUGGUUUAUUUUUCUAGUCAAGUGACCAAGCUGCUGAAUUGUAAGGCCUCAACAAAAUGUUGCAUCUUGUUAUUUUCACUGAACAAUAAGACCUUCUAUUUCAGUUACUCCUGGUGAACAGCAAUCUUUGUUUCUCCAGUGGUUUUCAUCUGUUAGACAGCCAUGAUGGAUGGUUUGUCAUGGCUCCUACUGCGUUCAGGGAUUCUAUCAGAUGAAUCCCGUUCUCAGGGCAACACCUGCUGGCCAUCUUUCUCGGCAAGUCCGUCCUUCGGGACUUCCCUAUCGUGGUUGCCCAAGGAGUCCUGCUUUGGCUGCCAGUGCUUCAUUCUGCUGAAUAUGAUAUUCCUGAAAUCUCAUGGAUAUUCUCUGUGUCAUUUUUAAAUAUUUCUGUAAACAAUGUUCUGAACAGGUAGUCUAAAAGUAAAAAGGAAAAAUCCAAGAGGCAACAUAAAAAUGUAGUUUUUAAAAAUUCACAUAUUCUAAAAGAAGAGCAUAGGUGCUUUGCCUUUUUUUUUUUUUUUUUUUUGGAGUAUAUCUGAGAAUUAAAUCAGUUGUAAGUGGCCACUGCUUUCAUUUGUUGAUAAUUUCAUCAACUGAAAAGAAUCAAUACUGAAUGCCGUCAGUUUUUAGGCACUAAGAACAAUGCUAAGUCCCUGCCUUUAAGAAGCUUCUAGUCUGGAUUUUCCAUAAGUCUGUGUCAGUAUAAAGUGACAAUCCGUAUGCCUAUCCCUUUAUUUAGACUGUUAAAAUGUAAACACAGCAACAAAUGCAUUUUUUUAAAUGAAAACUCCAUUCUCAACACUUUUAACUUAAUUCUCAACCUUUUACUUUUUAACAAUAUUAAACUUAGCAUCUUUCCUAAACUUUGUCAAUUAUCUAACAAGUACUUACUGAUUAUUGGUUAUAUGUUAAGUUUUUGGUAUUAAUGUUUAUCAACAUCUUUCUAUGGAAGAAUUUUAUAUCAUUUUGAGUAAAAUUGGGUGAGAACACUUAAAGACUGCUAAUAGGACUGUGUUUUCAGAGUCUAGUUACACAACACAAACCACCAAAUUCACAUUCUGCUUUUUUCAAAGUCAACCCAAGUUUUCUGGGCCACACACAGAAAGGCUGUGUCAAGUUUCUCUGACGAGGCCAUCACGACUGGAAGUUACUAAGAAUGUUCGUCAUGAAACAGUAACCCAGAACCCCAGGCAUGUUCCCUUAAAAUGUCUACCUCAGUACAAUGGAACUGUCAAAUCUGGCACUGUUAAACUCAGUGCCAUGGGUCCUUGGUCAUUUCAGCUGUCAAGCACUGGAACUUAAAAGGUAGCCACAUUCCUGUAGUAAGUAGGAAUCUGUGACACGUUCAGGGAUAUCCUAUUGUUCAGGACAAGUUUAGCAAGUUUUUAGUGAGCAACACUUUUCAUACCUCUUCCGGCUUUACUUCUCUUGUUGUGAAAUCUUUAACGCAGUCCAAAAAGCAGGUUUCUGUGAGUUUAUUGUAGGUUCCGAGAAAUUCUUUAAACUACAAACAAACCAGAAGGUUUUUUUGAUAUUUGGUUCUUAGAACAAAAAUGGUUUGAAACUUAAAUUACUGAUGUUUUAUAGUAAGACAAAAUAUCCUAUAAUGACAAAUUAUUUUACUAACAAAUACAACCUACAAAAUAUAGUCUUAUAGUUGAAUAUUUUUUCCUGAUUAUUAGCCAACUGAAAAAUACAUAUGCGUCAUAUCACUUAAUGUCCACUUUUUGGAAAUGGAAUAUAAACAUUUAAUGAACAUUUAUUUUCCAAGAUCACCAACUGACAUGGUUGUAUUUAGAAGUGUAUAACUUUUUUGAUAAAUCCUUUCCCUUUAUUUUAACACCUUACCUGUUUUAUCUGAUCAGAUUCUGGUAUUUGUCCAGCCAUAGUCUUUUCGUAUAUUUUUUAAUCACCUGAUUAAAAAAAAAAGUUUGUCAAUUUGUAUAUGUUUACAGGCUACCUGAAGAGUGAGAUAAUCACUGCUCAUAUUUAUACAUCUCUAACUGUAAUUACAGGCCACCCCAAUCUCAGGGAUCAUUAGGGACCACAGGACCUUAUCAUUUAAAAUUAGAUUUCCUAAGUAGGAGACUCAGAGGCCCUAUCUCUAUCUCCAGUUUCAAGGCAGUAUGCUCUAUUGUCUUACAAAGACACUUGUUAAAGCCCCAUUCUUGGUAAGGUUGGAAGAGAAUCCAAUCUCUGGUAUCUUCGUAAAAUAAUUUCAGUUAAUUAGGUUGCUACAAAUAAUUCUUUUACAUUUUUAAUGACUUCUAAGUAAAUGCAAAGGUUCUACUAAUUGUUAACAGCAUUCACUUACAAUUCAACAACCCUUAUGAAAGAUACUUAAGAGUUCUAAAAAACUCUAAAAAAAGUCAUGAGAGUUAAAUAUUCUACAGUUCAAACAGGGCAAUCAGAGACUGCUCAGAAACUAGUGAACAUAAGACAAAUCAAAGUCUUUCUGGAUUACUGAGAUUUUUACAUAUCUUAAAUGCAGGACUUGGAUACUGAGAUUUUUAUAUAUCUUAAAUGUAGGACUUGGAUGCAGUUAAUCUAGACAUAUGGAUUAUCACAUAUAUGAUAAUCACAUUGUUUACACUACCUUAGUCCUAAAAAAGAUUGAACAUCUCAUAUAAAAACAUUUUAUAAAUAAAGCUGCUUCAAAUGGAAAUGAAACAGUAUGUAAAGGAAACAGUAAUCAGGGACAGUGUAGGCUGACAUAUAUGUUAUGCUUCAUAUUUAGUUUUGAGUUCCCUGAUAACAUAAGAUCAACUGAGUAUGUACAUUCAUUUUGUACUGAAUGAGGCUGUGAAAAGCAUGAAGUUUUUAUGAAGCUUACAGGGAGUUGAAAAUAAGUAGGGAAUUCAAGUUUAGGCCCAAAUGUAUGUCACAGAAAACAUUUUAAACAGUAGCUACUGUUCUGGCAAACACCACAGGAAAAGAAAAUGGUGGCCUUUAUCCUUAUCCACACCAGCUUAGUCCAACUGGUGAGCCCAGAUCUCCAUCCUCAGAGGUCUGUAACAAGGUGUCCAACACACGCAGCAGUGUGGUGACGGAGAAGGCCAGAGAGGGAGCAGGAGACGGUCGUCCCUGUCAGGCAGCCACAAGAGCCCCAUGUCCACUUGGUGGCAACCACAAGGGGAGGAGCCUGGCGUCCAACUCAAGCAGCAGGAACGAGGAGCUUCUCUCCCUUUCCUCCAAGCACUGAAGGAGGCCCAGCUGAGACUCAGAAGCUGUGCUGCCCUCCUGAGGGGUUCAGGGAAGCCAUGUGAAAGCAGAGACCCACUCAGCCCCUCCCAGCCAGGGAGUUAUCAGUGGAGGUCUGCUGAGGAGCCAGAACUCCCACCCAUGUUCAGAUAGCAAGGCGCUUCCUGCCGCCUCUGCAGCGUCACAGGGUAGAACCUGGGCUACCUCCGCCAGAGGUGAGACGCCACUCUACACCCCUGCCCCCACCAUCUUCUGAUGGAGUCAGCUAGAAGAGAAGGUUUAAAUAGAAUCUAGAACCUUAUAAUCUCCUAACAAGAUACACAAAAUGUCCAGGUUACAAUAAAAAAAAAAAAAAAACAAA